UUUCAAAUGUCGCACACCGGUAUGUUUCGCACCGUUGUGGUGGUGACGCUAAUGUUCGUUAGCUGCACCCAAAUAAAUGGACUUCCGCAUCCACCGCAGACAACUUCAGCCCCACUGUUGGUAGAUGGUGUCUACGACGAGAAGUUCGAUAAUGUAGAUUUGGACGAGAUACUAGCCCAAGAGCGAUUACUGAACAACUACAUAAAGUGCUUGGAGAGCACCGGCCCCUGUACACCCGACGCAAAAAUGCUAAGGGAUAUCUUACCCGAUGCAAUUUUAACUGACUGCACCAAAUGUACGGAAAAACAAAAAUUUGGUGCCGAGAAGGUGACCCGGCAUCUGAUUGAUAACCGUCCUAACGACUGGGAGCGUCUUGAGAAAAUCUACGAUCCAGAGGGUACUUAUCGUAUUAAGUACCAAAAUUCUAAGGGAAUUGCUAUGGAGCAGAUUCAGAGUGAUUCCUAAAUCUUCAACGGAAUUCUUUUUUUUUUCUUUCA